AUGGAAUCUUGCCCGACUUGCAUGCGACGUAUGCAGCCAAAAUCAGGGAAUGUUGAAAACUAUCCUGUUGCAAUGGAAAUAGUACACCUGCUGCAGUCUCUUCAAAAUGUCGCAAGUUGCAGUGACAUUGUAGACCAAGAAGAAAAUACGGAAGAUGUGGAUAAAGAUGAAGAUGGGUAUCAGCAAAUUGAUGUUAACCAAGACAAAGUAUUGCCUCCACCACCGCGGACCAUUGAGUCGUAUGAAGUAUGCGAUAUUCAUGGAGAUAAUUUAAAGUUUGUUUGUGAGACUUGCGAUGAUGAGCUCAUUUGUGCCAAAUGCAUCAUGCAUUCUACACACAAGAAACUAGAGAUAUCUCAGCAUAGGAAACAUCUCGAACAACUGCUAGAUAAACAAAAACAUAAUUUGCUUAAGCGACAAAAAGAUGACAGAGCAGAAGAGGAAAAGCUGCACGAUAUGAUCGAAAGGCAAUUUGAACAAAAGGAAGAGAUAAAAGAUGAGAUAGAAGAAAUCGCCGAGGAAAUGUUUGCAGAAAUUCACAGGAAAAAAGAAGAAAAGCUUCAACCUAUUGAGGUAAAAGCAGAUGAGUACAUUAAACAACUGACAGAGAGGCAGGAACACAUCAAAGACAGGUUAUCCGAUUUCAAACAUGUUAGCAAUAGAAUAGGAAAACUCUCCAAUGACGGUACAACAGACUUCUGUAGAAAGGCGAAAAGGUUAGUGAAACAAGCUGACAUAGCACUGCGAGUAGAAAACAAACCUCUACCCCAAUACCAGACCAUCAACUUCACCAGGAAUAAAACAGCUGUAGAAGAUCUGUCGAAACUUAAGUUAGGAGAUGUAAACAUCCAAGAGGUAUUGAUGGAACUGGACGAGACAUGUGAUUCAUCAGAUUUCAGUGGAUUUGAGGAGCCUUCCUAUGAAGAUUCACUUUCCUUCAAGCCUCCACCACCUCCCUUUGAGGAGAAUGUCUGUGAAGGUGCAAACUUAGAAGAUGAAGAAAAAUAUAUGGAUCCAUACAUUGACACUUCUAAUCCAAGAUACCUCCCGCUAACUUAUCCACGAUCUAAGAUUCCAGAUCAAAAUCCCCCCACAGCUAGUAAAGAAGAAACCAUUUAUAACGACCUAGAUGGAUCUAUACACGAAAAUACUAUGAAGAAAGCAAAAUCUCAACCGAUUCUGUAUGAGGAGAAAGAUCAUGAGAAGCAAGGUUCAUUCAAUCCACCAGCAGCUGCAGCAACACCACCCCUAUUACCACCAUUUUCAGGAUCAUUUCGAAAAUCUGUCUCGGUAGCAACCGACAACCAUGCUUUUCAACAGAAACCGAUAUAUCGUGUAUUUCUCCCAUUCCGGCCAUCUGGUUUCACUGUUGUACAAAGUUCUUUAGGACAUUACUACGCUUUUGUCACCGAUGAUCACGAUGUCAAAAUUUUCAGACAGAAUGGAGAUUUUCACAGGACGAUCUCAGACCUGAACAAACCGUUUGAUGUCGCAAGUCAACAACAUGGGGAAUCCUUGACGCCAUUGUACGUUACGGACGAAGGGAAACGAAUUGGUGAUGGUAGUAUUCGAGUAUAUUCUCCCGACGGACAGUUCCAGAAAGUGUUGGUUGGAAAACUCAAGAAACCUCGAGGAAUAUCCAUUUCACGUGUGGGACUGAUAUACGUAUGUGACGAAGCAAAUAUCCUUGUGCUGUGUCCAACGACAGGGAAAAGGAAGAGGGUCAUUUCUAGCAUCAGGAGAGAUCCUCUUUUUGUACUUCCGAUGUAUGUAAUGGUGAGUGCCACAGGAAAGAUACUCGUCUCCGAUGUUGGUUCCCGAGAACUGAAAAUCCACGACGAAACUCGAAAGUACACCGACAAAUUCAAACCUGAUGGAGGCGACAAGGAUAUCUACACGAGCUUCAGUCCUGGGAUGUGUUCGGAGGAUUCCUCCUCGAAUUACUACGUCAUCGACCAGGAAAGGAACAGGCUACAUAUGUUACGCGGAGGGGGCAGGUCAGAGAAACUGGAACUGCCGGAGAAAAUUAAAGGUCACGAUGGAAUACCAACCACGGUAACCCUCGAACAUGAUACUGGGAACAUUGUAGUGUUUUGAUACUUUUGUAUCUAGCAGCAUAAACACAGUUUAGUUUAAGAUAAACAAAUGUGCAGCUGCAGAAGGACCCAAAGGACAAUAUGGAAUACCGAUAUCGCUGUGAUGUAUGGAUAACAACAAUGGAGGUCAACAUCACAUCAAAGGCCAUGAUUUAACGUCAAAUGGCUUAUUCGUUAAUACUGAUGCUGUUUUAACAGUAAUAUGUUAUGGAAAAAAGCAAAACAAAUGAGUUUGAAUCUAUUAUAAAUUGUACAAUUCACUUAUACAUUAUAUUAUAUGGAAGUUGAAACUGGUCCAGUAGAGUCCAGAAUAUGGUGUUCACUUUAGCAAAUUUCAUCUGUAUACGAAUAAAAUAGUGAAUUGAAAUUAAUAUCAAUAAGUAUCCAAUGAUUUCAAUGUAGUUGAACGGAAACACCUUUCAGAAUAUGCAAAUGCCCAUAACGUUUUUCUAAAAUUCAAUAUCACAAAAAAAAAAAAAAAAAAAAAAAUUGAAUGAUGAGGACAUUGUACAUUCCUAUCCGGAUAAUGACAUUGCAUUCGACCAAUUAUGAUGUUCUCAAACCGUCUUCUAGGUAUAAACACUUUAGGCCUCUAGCAUUUCUGACGAUUCCUAGAAGGACUUCACUCUCAAUUUGGUUAUCAAAGUUGCAAAUAUAGUCUGUAUAUCUGGUGUAAUUGUUAGCCGAAUUGAUAGACGGAGAUAUGAUAUAUAUAUGAUAUGUAUUAGUAUUAUACUCAACAGUUACUAACUUUUUAACUUUAUUGAUGCUUUUUAACAUUUUUCGAUAUUUUGUUUUGACUUUCAUACUUAGUUUAGUUGUUUUCCCAGUUCAGAUUUAAAUAUGAUUCUCAUCACCGGAAAAUAGAUAACAGUAUCAAUAUACAUCUGAUACCUAUUAUUCCAGUUGAUAUAUUCAAUUAAAUUUAAUUAAUUAAAAAAAAAAAAGGUUUGGCUGUAUAUGGGGAGCAGUAGGAGACUUCUUAUCUAAUUAUCAAUUUAACAUUUCUGUACGAAGUGCCACCUUAGUAAUAAAAACUGAAGGGCGUGAAAGCGAAAUUUCAGCAGUAUCAGGGGAAAGAUACUAAUAUGAAAAAUCAGAAGUUGUAGCAGAAAUUAGGACAUACUGAGAAAUAAGGAGUAACUAGGAGAAAUAAUGAGUAACUAGGAGAAAUAAGGAGUAACUAGGAGAAAUAAGGAGUAACUAGGAGUAACUAGGAGAAAUAAGGAGAAAAUCACUUAACAAACCAAAUGUAUUAGAUAUAAAACUCGAUCCCUUUAAUUUUUAACAGCCAGUUAUUUGACAUUGAUCAAACUGUAUAUUUGAUUCUUUAGUUUGCUGGAGUGUGAGUUGAUAUUUUCAUUAAAGUUUGACAAAGCAUC